GCCUGGGGAAUAACGACUGCAGCGCUGGUCACGCAGCGCUGCUCUGCCAGUGUGGCCACCAAAAGCGCUGCUAUUGGCCUCCAAAGGUAUUCGGAAGUAUCCCAGAAUGCCUGUUCAGCCACUCUGCUCAUCAGUUCGAACUCUAGUGCCCUGGCCUCAGGUGACCCGCCCUUUAAAUGCCCCGGGAAUUUAAAAAAUCCCCUUCCUGUUUGCUCAGCCAGGUGUGGAGUGCAAUCAGUGAAUCUUUCCAGGUGACGAUGCCUCCAUGCGCCAAACGAGCCCCAGCUUGGAGUAAUGGCGAGUUGCUGGACCUCAUCAGUGUUUGGGGGGAGGAAGCUGUGCAAUCCCAGCUGCGCUCCAGCCGUAGGAAUUACGAUACCUAUGGGCAGAUAUCAAGGGCCAUGCUGGAAAGGGGCCAUGACCGGGACGCGCUGCAAUGCAGGGUUAAAGUGAAGGAGCUGUGGAGUGCCUAUUGCAAAACCCAUGAGGGAAAUUGCUGCUCUGGUGCUGCCCCCACGACCUGCCGUUUUUACAAAGAGCUGGACGCGAUAUUUGGGGGUGACCCCACCGCCAAUCCAAGGACCAUGAUGGACACUUCAGAGCGGGGGGGAAGGCGGAGGAGGAGGAGGAAACCGAGAGUGAGGGUACUGGGAUGGAGGGAGACACCCUGGAGUCCCAGGACGCAUGCAGCCAGGAGCUCUUCUCAAGCCAGGAGGAAGGUAGCCAGUUGCAGCAGCCGCUACUUGGUGAAGGACAAGCAGAGGAGCGGGUUCCCGCAACCUUGACUUCUCGGAUGCCUGUGUUAUCAACAGCUGAAAGACUCCAAAACCUCCGGAAGAAGCCGCGAAAAAGCAAAGAUGAUCUGCUUCAAGCAGUUAUGGAUCACUCUGCCAGAGAGAAUAAAAAACUGCAGGACUGGAGGGAAAAGGAAAGCAGGAUCCGCCAGAGAAACGCAGCAGCCAGGAAGAAAAGCACAAAGCAGCUGAUAAGCAUCCUGGUGCGCCAAGCGGACUCUAUCCAGGCGCUCAUAGCCAUGCAGGCAGAGCACUACCGCGCCAGCCCCUCCCUCCCGUCCCAAAGCUCUUUCACUUGUGCCCCAAGGUCAGCUCAAAACCCCCUUCCCCAGCAUCCAGGUUCUUACCACCACCAGCUGCCUCCAACACCUGUACAUUCACCAACCAGCCCGGAGAACUACGACCCUUACCCUCUGCACUCAACCCCCAUCACCAUGCAGUAUAGGCAUCCUGAAGUGCAGCAGUCAUUGCACAGCACUCCAGACAUGACAUAUUCAAACCUGUGACUGUACAGUUCCCCACCACACCCCCCUGCCCUUUUAGGUUCCCAAAAUGUUCUGUGUCUGUCAAAAAAGUUAUUUUCUUUUCAAUAAAUGAAUUCUUGGCUUUGAAAACAGUCUUUAUUAUUGCAGAAAGUCAAAGAUACCUUAGCCCAGGAAAGAAACAGGCACUGCAAAUCAGCUUAGGAAAAACAGAUUCCUACUAACAUUGUAACCACUGCACUUCACUCCCGUGCAAGGCACCAAACCUUACUGUUGGUUUUCAGCCUCAAAUUCCUCCCUCAAGGCAUCCCUAAUCCUUGAAGCCCUG